AUGGCCGACUCGCAAGAGUUAGAGCCAUCUACUUCGACAGAGAAUCCUUCAAACGCUGAUCGCCAAAACAAACCAGCUGAUCGAAAAGCAUAUUUCGCAAAAAGAAAUGCAUCCAAAGUGUGUUUGAAUACCUCUAUUGAGCGGUGGAAACGGCUGAAAGAGGAAAAUGAUAUCAAGAGUGAUCAGGAGUUUGCGGAUAUUCUGCUAAACUUGUACGAGGUAUCAGGACAUCAUUCAUCGAUUCAAAUGCGGUAAGCAUGUAACUCUGGACUUUUUUAGUAUGCUCAUUUUGUUGCAUUUUCUGAUUACAAAACUUUAUGUUGCAUUUCUAGCGCUGUGGAAACCCAGACAAACGAUCCAGAUGAAACAAUGGAGUCAUUGUUUGGCUUUGACAUGGGCCUCAUUGCUACAAGUACCCCUCAGAAUUUCGGCAAUAAUCCUUCGCCACGUGAGUUUAUAACAUACUUAUUCAUGGACAUAUACAGAAAACAUUCAUUAGAUUUUGGUUGACGUUGUUAAUUUAUUAAUUUUAUAUUUUGCAUAGUUUUAUCUGUCCCUUCGAAUAUGUCAGCUGUAUCAAGUCGAAGACGCCUGAUACCCGAUAGUUCCCCGCUUGGCUCCCCGCCAAGGUUUGUAUGAUUUAUAAAAUGAUAUCUUUAAAUGGUGCAUUUCUCUAUGGUAUAUAUUCGUUGUUAUCGCGAUAAUGUCUUCAUAGGCAUACUCAUGAUGAAACACUGACAGCCAGUGAAGUUGACAGUGACAGUGACAGUGAGACCCUUACUGCUCAUGGUUUAUCUUCUGUCCAUGUAACGCAAGAGUAAGUCUGAUUUAAUAUUUGGUUGGCAUAACGCAAAUGAAUGGUUGACAGGUUUUGUUCAUGGAAAUGAUAUAUUAAAAAAUUAUAUACAUCUACUAGACCUAUUAACCAGGAACAACUGCGAAAAAUGCAACUACAAGACCUGUAAUGUCAUUUUCUGCAUCUGUUCCUGGUUAGGUCUAAAUGUAUAUAAUUUUUUAAUAUAUCAUUUCCAUCAACAACGUCCCUCAGUAAAAUUUAAUACCAUUCUACAGUAGACUGACAAAAAGUUCGGAACUCUGCAUUUUGUAAAGUGGUUGCUUAAAACUGCUGCUUUAAAACCUUUGGAGUAAAUACAUAGCAUGUGUAGAACAAAACAAUUAAAAAGCAAAAAAUAUUUUAAUGAAAAUGGUGAACAGUUGUGACACUCAAGCUGCUGAAACGUUAUCACUAGCUGUUUAGAAUAACAAUCUUGGCUCACAUACAUGUCCACAAAACUACCAAAAUGCAUGCAUAAUACAUAAUACACACUUUUAAACUUUUUUGUCCACCAUUUGUCACUAGUGAAAGUAGUGUAAAUUUAUUAAUAACACAAAGUCUUUUAUCUAAGUUUGGAUCAGACAUACCUAGAACUGCCAGACGAAAAUGACAUAUUCAACAUAACCAUUAAUGGGCAUGAUGGAGAUGAAAUUCACCAAGAACAUGAAGAUAAAGGCACUGCACCACAUGAAUAUGUCUCCACUGUCGAUGUGGUUACUCCAGAGGAAGCCAUAAAGAUGGAAAAGUGCAUUGUGUUUACAGACACUCUCAUGUUGUUGAUAACGUCUCUACAUGGGAGUGUUUGUAAACGUGCAAAUUGUGGUCAUCCCUUACAUUACAAGAAAACCUAUGUUGGUACUUGUCUUGUUGUGUCCUGGGGAUGUAAUUCUGGCCAUGUUGGUGGGAGAUGGUCAGCACAGCCAUCUUGUGACAAGAUUCGAGCAGGCAAUCUCAUACUUGCUUCUUCUCUGCUGUUGUCUGGGAAUUUGUAUGCUAAAGUGGGGUUGAUGUUCAACUUUUGUAAUCUGCAGUAUUUUUCAUCUACACUGUUUAAGUUGUAGAAGUAAGAAGUUGUACAUCAUCCCUGCAAUCAACAAAUUCUGGGAACAGCACCAGAAACAACUGUGGAAAGAGAAGGCUGGUAAAGAGGUUGUUUUAAGUGGUGAUGGAAGAAAUGACUCUCCUGGUCACAGUGCUCAGUACUGCACAUACAGCCUUGCUGACAUGGAUGAUCAGGCCAUCCUCCAAAUGAAUGUUGUUGAUGUGAGGGAGGCUUCAGGGAAAAGUAACAAUAUGGAGCGAAUUGGUUUUGAAAGAGGGAUGGAUGCAUUACUCACAUCAACAAUUGUUCUGAAGGAGGUUGUGACAGAUGGCCAUCUUGAGAUUGGAGCAUUGAUGAGUAAGUUUUAUUACAGCAUGGCCACUGUGGUUAUGAACUUGUGAACUGUCAUGAACUUUGUGGAAUGAAGUACUGGUAUUGAAUUACAGUAGUGCUCUGCUCAAAACAAAUAUGGAUGUCAUCUAAUCAGAAUUCACAAAGUCUUUUUAAUAAAUAAGAGAACAAAUUAUUUUAUAGAAAAACAAGACAAGUACAAAAACAUCCUGCAUCAGAAUGAUGUCUGGCAUGGAGGGAAAAACAUAGCCAAGAAAAUCAAUGCUGUAAGUGUUUCAACAAAUAAAUCUAUCAUCUAUCUAUCUAUUGAAUUGUAUAAAAUAUGCCCAUCUUGGAUACUUUGUCUAGUUGUUAGACAAUAUUUACUUGUCUAAAACACCAGGCAAUUUUACCCCAGUUCAUGAAUGUGAUCAAAUCCAUUGAAUUGUUAUCUUAUACCUCCUCAUUAUUUUAAGGCUGCAAAGGCCAAAGGAAAUGGUGAUCUUCUAUUUUGGGGACCAUCAAUACGGAACCAUUUUUGGCACUGUUCAAAAACCUGUGGGAAUGAUUCAAAAACAAUAAAAGUAAGAUUGACUAUUUGGCUUAUAGUACAAGCAUCCAUAAUUACUACUGUACCUUCAAACGUGGAUUAAUCAAAACUUAGCCAGUGUGCCAUGUAUACAUUAACAGCAUAUACAUUAUAGAGGAUCUGUUUAUGGAUUUGAUUGUUCUACAAAUAAUCUGUUGACAGUACUAUGUACAAUUAAUUACAAUAACACAUACAAUGUUAGAUGUACAGUAAAUCUAUAUUUAAUUACCACAUAAUAGGAUAACUGGAUUGGAAUUUUGCAUCAUGUGGCUGAUGAGCAUGAAUGGGUGGUGCCAGAAGGUGUGAAUGGAGGAAAGUGUGCACAUGAGCCAUUGAAUGCAGAGGAUAGAAAGAAGCCCUGGCUGAAGAAGGAGUCAUCUGUUCAUAAAGCAUUGACGAAGAUUGUGAUGGACACUCGAUUCAUCAACACACUUGUAUACUACACCAACUUCAGGUACUUGCCUAUUGUAGGUUGAUGACAUUGUUUAAUCAAACCUGCAUUAAGCAGCCUGGCCCUGGUAUUAAGCGGACACUCUAUGUUAAUGGACACAUGCACUUGGGAUGUUGAUCGACUGUCAGCAAGCGCAAAAUACUUGGCUGCUCGAGUAUUUUUACGCUUUCUGAAAGACUUGUGACAUCUCUUGUGCAUGUAUCACACAAUCCUGCACGAAAAACCUUUAAUCAAGUGGACACCUCUAAUUUUAAAGCAGACGCUGACACCUAAAUUGGCACAUAGACCCAAAGAUGUGUUGUUAAAAUUUUCAUAAUACUUACAAUUCUUGUGCUUUCAAAUUGUUCAUUGUAUUACUAUUCUUAUGACUGAAUAACUAAUACUAAUGUGCAUUUCUGCUAUAGGCACACAGGCUUUCUUGAAUCUUUUCAUAAUCAAAUUCUGAUGUAUGCUUCUAAAAGACACGCUUUCUCGUAAGUAUUAAUAAAAUUUGUGCAUAAUUAAUAAUGAUAAAUUAAUUACUAAUUGUGAUAAUGCUGUAAAAUUGCAGAAAACAUGCUGUUUGCUCUGAAUGAUAUGAGAAAAUCAAUUGCACAUACAUUAUAUGUUCAGAAAACAUGUUGUUUGCUCUGAAAUAUAAUAUUAGAAAAUCACUUGUACUGUAAAAAACAGUAUACUGUACAUGUAUGUUCACAUUUAAUAAAAGUGCUGUAUGAUAAUAACAUUUAUCUAUAUGCAGAUUUGCUACAUACCGGGCAAGAAAUCAACUUGCUGCCUUGGAUUUCAACCAUCAUAGAGGUCGAGGAACAGCAACAACAGCUGAUGGCAAACCAAGGUAAUAUAUAUAUAUAUAUAUAUACAGUAUUCUUCUACAAAAUAUCUACUGCACAGUAUUGGAAUGUACAGUCAAUUUUGUCUAUUCUGUAGGUAUGGACGCAUGUUCAGCAAGCGAACACAGCGAUGGUGCCAUGUUCGUAUUCUUACACCUAAGCAAUACGAAUACAUUCCUGAACUUAUCCUGA